AGUUGGACUCAACAAGGCGAUUUCCACGUUUUGUUCAGGCCGCUCCAAUUUUGUCAUUAGUAUUAUAAUUUUGCCACGGAACAACGAGAAAGGCAGUGCACAAAAAGGAUGCAUGUAACAAUUUUAAGGAGAGGGCAGAGUCUUGUCAUAGAAAAAUGCAGCAAGUGUUGCAGCAGUAAAUAUCACUGCCCAUUUUGUAAACCUCGAGUUUACCGUGCCGCCAUGGAACACCAGGUGCAAUACCAUGUCCGUAAUCAUUUAAGCCUGGCAGUUAAGCAUGAAGAGUUCUACAUAGUGAAAUGCAAUCUGUACUGCAGAAACCAGGCACAUUUUCACUGCUGCUAUUGUCCAACGACCAUUAUAAGGAGGGUUCAAAUAGUAAAACAUUUGACAGCAUGUAGAAAACGAUGCUUGAUUACAAAACCAGCCAUCAAGAUAGAACCAGGUGCCAUCACUGAUCCCGCCAUUAAAAGAAAAGCAGACACUUUCCAGAUCUGUCCAGAGAACCACUUUUCAGAACCAGCUGUCAAGACAGAACCAGACACAAUCCAGAUCUGUCCAGAGAACCACUUUUCAGAACCAGCUGUCAAGACAGAACCAGACACAAUCCAGAUCCGUCUAGAGAGCCACUUUUCAGAACCAGCUGUCAAGACAGAACCAGACACUUUCCAGAUCUGUCCAGAGAACCACUUUUCAGAACCAGCUGUCAAGACAGAACCAGACACAAUCCAGAUCUGUCUAGAGAGCCACUUUUCAGAACCAGCUGUCAAGACAGAACCAGACACAAUCGAGAUCUGUCCAGAGAGCCACCUUCCAGAACCAGCUGUCAAGACAGAACCAGACACAAUCCAGAUCUGUCUAGAGAGCCACUUUUCAGAACCAGCUGUCAAGACAGAAGCAGACACAAUCGAGAUCUGUCCAGAGAGCCACUUUCCAGAACCAGCUGUCAAGACAGAACCAGACACAAUCCAGAUCUGUCCAGAGAGCCGCUUUCCAGAACCAGCUGUCAAGACAGAACCACCCACUUUGACAAAAACAGUCAAGACAGAACAUGAUGCAACAACCAACCAGCCACCAGCCUUUCAGCACGUGCAUUCAGUGUACUAUAUUUUAAUAUACCCUAAUUAAUCUGAAAAUCCAGUGCGUUACAUCAACCUUCUUGAUGCCUUGUUAACAGUGCUUUGUCGUCCUUAAUAAAUAAAUAAUUAAUUCUAAA